AUGAAGUUGCUCACCCACAACUUUUUGUCUACGCAGUUUAUCAAAGGAGUCAAGGAAGGAUAUCCGCUCAAUUUGAAGUCCAACUCGACAGAAGUAGGUCUAUAUCAGCUAUUAGGUUCUUGACGCUUAUGAAGUACUGGUUUUCUUUGAUAUCUACAUAAUUAUACGUUUUAUGUAUGUUUUUUUAGAAGAAGGAAUUUGAGUUUGAUCCUGUGAUGAUGGUCAAGCUGUUGCCUAAAAUGCAAUAUCCAGUUCUAUUAUCGACGGCGCAGAACAUAGGAAUUGAUGUCUCCGGGUUACCAAGUCAAUUGCCAGAUAAUUGGAAAGAGGACCAUGACUUUUUAAAGAAGGUAAGUGUCUUAUUUAUAUCUUAUUUACACUUUAGGCUGCUGAAUUAGCCCUUGGAUACGAAAUAAUAGAUGGAGAAUUGGAGUGCCCUGAGAGUGGGAAGGUCUUUAAGAUCAAAGAAGGAAUUCCAAACAUGCUUAUUGAUAGAGAGGACGACGAUUAA